CCCAGCCCAGUGUUUAUUAAUAAACCUAAACAGAUUUGAGGUAGUCAUGGUCACACAUAGCUGUUCACUGACUGAGAGAGGGAGAGGAGGCUGGGUCAACUGUCUUUACCCCCCCCUCCUCUCUCACUUCAUCUACAAACACUGCUCCCGCUCAUUCUACUUUGUCGUUUGAACCACAACUCCUUUCUAACGGAUUCAUCCUGUGGAUACCGCACAUGAGCAGAGGAAACAGGCAUAACCCGCUGAGAAGGAUGUGAUUUGGCUCUAAAAGAGACAAGUACAUCAAAAGUGACCCCAAGAAUUAGGGUAAACCAAUGGAGGACAUGGAUGACAGCGUUUCAUCCACUGGGUUUCAGCCUCUCUUCAUCCAAGAAGAAGAUGGGGAUCCGGAUAGAGCCCUAAUGGAACAAAAAGUGGAGAGCAACACGGUCCAAUCCGGACAUACCUUUGCAGGAACACAGCUGAAUCAAUCAGCUUUAAUUAAGCCAUACUUACAGGAGAUGGAUGACUUACUGAAGAGCUGCGAGGAGCUUACUGGCAUUCCCUUUGGCUCUCACUUCUCAGCAAGUUACAGUGAAACAAGCCUGAGUGAAUCAACUCAGAGUAAAGAGGAAGUUAAGAUGGAGAGCUUUAGAGAAACAAAUAUAUCUCCCCAUGCAUAUCUCUCCACAAGCUACAUUGACACACACAUGGAUAAGGCUGGAGCAGAAGACCAACCAGGACAAGACCAGUCACAGGGACCGGGCUCCAUCGCCAACAGGUGUGGAGUUACCAAAGAAGUUUCUCACCAAAUAGAUAUGCCUAUCACCUCAGCGGGGAACAAACUAAGUGACACCAUGGUGGAGUACGAGGGCCAGUUGUUGGGGAUGUUGGCCAUGCUGGAGGGCUGUAUGGAAGAGGACGGCAUGGACUUCGAGCCACAAGACUGGGCUACAGAUGCAAGCCAAGAAUAUGUACACAUCAGCAAGAAUCCUCAUUUUUACAGGGGCACAACAUUGGCACCCAUGAAACCAGCAAAGACAAUGAAGUUGGAAAGCCAGUCAGUUCCAAGCCAAUGUUGGGUUGGUCAAUGUGUGGCAGAAGACAGAGUUUCCAGGGAAAGCAGAAAUCAGGACCAGAAAGUUCUUGACCAGGGAGUGCUCGAUCCGCAGUUAAGAUUUUCUGUGCCAUCUAUGCCUUUGGAUGGUACAGAAAAUGACCCAAUGUAUUGUGAAGGGAUGAAGACAGGAUACAUGUCUACUAGUGAAGGUACUUACAAAGAAGAAGACAUAACUGAGACUGCUGUGAUCAACACUGAAUUCUCAGCUGAAGAGAGACAAGUGCUAAAGAUGGACACCAUUGAUCUGAGCUCUGGCAUGAAUGAACUUGGAGAAGUGGGGUCUCAGAUGGAGGAGUGCAUAGAGGAGGUUCAGCGUUUAGAGAAGAGCAGGAAGGAACUGCUGUCCAAGGUGCUGGAGCUAAGAGGGCAUAAAGAACAAGAGGAGGCAGAGGGGAGCAAUGAGGAGGAAGAAGAGACAGGGGAGCAAAUUGAAAGCAAAGUGGCAGAGCUGAUGAUCGCACUGAGGAGGGAGGAAGAAGGCAGAAGGGAGGAGAGGAAGAAGGAGAUACAGAGCCUCAGGGAGGAGAGGGCAGAGGAGGAGAGGAGGCUGUGGAAGGUGAACCUGGAGAGACAGGGGGUGCUGGAGGAGCUCAGAAAGCUCAAGAGGAGGCUGUUCGCCAUGGCCAGGGACUGUGCUCAAAGCCAGGCAACCCUGAACACCCAGCACCGUGAGGUGGAGCUGCUCAAGAGAGAAGAGGAGAAGCUGCGGUCCCUUGUGCUCCAGCUGACAGAGGAGGGCUCCCAGCUCAGGUCAGCCCAUCAACAACAGCUGUUAAGCCUGCAAGCAGAGCUUCAUGCACAGAGCGCCAACCAGACUUCCAACUCCCAGGAGGAGAUGACCCAGUGUAAGAGGCAUUCCUGUGGGGACAUCCAGCAAUACCUACAGGGUGGGCUGAGAGCGCUGGAGGACAGGUAUGAACCCAUUUUGCUGGCGUUGCUGAAGAGGAGAGAGGCAACAGCUGGAGCACUAGUGAAAGCCAAAGAGCAGGCCCAGGAGCUGAGGGCCCAGCUGGGACCCCUGAGGGAAGAGAUCCAAAAGCUGAAGCUCCAGAGGGCUUGUUUAGAGGAGAAACUCAAGCUAAUUCACAUACACAGAAGAGAGGAUGUGGGGCAGUAUAAGGAGACGGUGUACUGUCUGGAGGAGAGCAGCAGAGGGCUGAAGACCGAGUUAACAAUUCAGAAGAGAAAAACCAAGGAGAUAGAGGAGCUGAGAGACAGCCUUACCAAGCAACUCCUCCUUUACAGGGCUGCCAUUGAGGAUCAUAACAAGUGUUACCACAAGGAGAAAACAUGAUUUUAUGAUCUUCCUGACUUUAAAAGAAAAACUGAGUUCUGCGAUGUGUCAAUGUUUUUUUUAAUUUGCAACAGUGAACUCAAAAUGUUCAAUGAAUGCACUUUACACAAAUCAAUAGACAUGCCAAUGUUAAAAAAAAAUUAAAAUCAAUAAUUUUUCUUAGGAACAGUCUAUAAUCAUAAACUAGACUAUAGCUUGUAGAAAAGGUUAUGUUAUAAAUAAAGGCUUGUGUUAACUGUAAUGUGAGUGCUGCUGAUGAGUUCAUGUCUGCUAAGGAACAGAGAGGGGUUGAUGUACUUAUAAGGGCAAUGUGGCAGAAGAACUAAACAAUACGACAGAGAGUAAUAGAGUGAGAUUUAGCUCAUGGGACUGGAGAGCACAAAGACGUUAGACCAGACAUAAAAAUGUCUGAGCAAAAGUGUGAUGAGUCAUAACGGACUCAUUCACUAAAAGGAUUAUUGAAGGUUGUUUAAAAUUAUUCCUAAACUUAGCAAGACGCUGACCCUACUUAUAAAAUAUGUACACAACACAUUCAUAGAGAAAUACUGACAAUAGAUAACGUGAACCAAAAAAAUUGAUUGAACACAUUUUAUUAAGAAUGCACUCACUGUACAAUUGCAAAAUACUGAACAUAGAAAAAGUUCAACCACUAACCUAUAUCACAACAACAACAUUUAACUCAUUAAUGAAUGACUAUGGUGAGGGGGAAGUGAAAAUGGACAUUUUAAACACAGAUCCACUCUGAAAUUUUAUUUUCAUUCAGAAACAGCUGGUGUGAAAAUCAAGGUCCAGAACAAUUAGGUGGUGACCUGACUUAAGCAAUGAAAAUAUGAGAAUUGUUUGGGACUAUAAACUAGCAUGGGAAAAAAAACUCAU